AUGUCGACGCUCGCCGCCCAGCGCGGCAGCGCCCCCCUCCGCGGCCUCACCUCGUCUCUCAGCUCCCUGUGCCUCAAGACGUCCAGCAGCCGCACCUUCUCGACGACGCCGGCGGCGCUGACGAAAACCAUUGCCCUCCACCGCAUUCCCGCCUUCCCGAUCCCCGACUACCCCCUCGGGCCGCGCCUCAUCUACAAGCAGUCCAACGGCGGGCUCUACGCAACGGCCCGCAUCCGCCGCGGCAACAACAUCUCGUCAGACCACAAGGUCAAGACGCCGCGGGCCUGGCGGCCCAACAUCCACCGCAAGCGCCUCUGGUCGGCGGCCCUCGGCGUCUGGAUGCGGCCCGGCUCUCGCUGCGCGUGCUGCGCACAUCCGCAAGGAGGGCGGCCCUCGACGCCUACGUGCUCAAGUCCAAGACGGCGCGCGUCCGCGACCUCGGCCCCGGCGGCUGGAAGCUGCGCUGGCUCGUCAUGCAGACGGGCCGCCGUGCGGGCGCGCUUCGCCGACGAGCGCGCGCGCCUCGGCGUCGUGCGGCCCGCGGGCGUCGAGGACGAGGACAACACGGACCUCGUCCACGUGCUCGUCGACGGCGCCACGCCGGGGCCCCUGAGCGCCGUCAGCAGGGCCAUCAUUGCGCGCCGCGCCGAGGCCGUCGCCGCCGACAGGAUGGCCUGGGACGUGGCCGCGCUGCAGGCCCAGGGCCAGGAGUUUGCCCUCGGCGAGGAGGCCGAGCUGGCGGGUGACGAGGACGUCAGGGGCGCGGGCGAGCAGGUCGGCGGCACUGUGGAGGAGCUCGACGCUGCGAUUGAGGCCAUGGAGAAGGACGAGGCCAAGAGGCCAUGA